AGAAGUGAAAACUACUGCGAAAGAAAGAAAGAAGGAAAAGGAAAGAAUAGGAACGCAGAGAGGAGGAGGCGAGGAGUGAUCCGUUGGAACCUGCGAAUCGAAUCGGAAAAAUAUUGGGCGAUGGGGGAGUUCGUCGAGCUUGAAGCUCAGGACGGCGUGAGAAUGCCGUGGAACGUACUGCCGGGCACCAAGCAAGAAUCGAGCAACUGUGUGGUCCCUGUCUCCGCCAUUUACACUCCGAUCAAGCCCUUCCCUAACAUGCCCGUUCUCCCCUACUCUCCCCUACGCUGCCGCGCCUGCCGCUCCAUCCUCAAUCCAUUCUGCACCGUUGAUUUCUCUGCCAAGAUCUGGAUCUGCCCCUUCUGUUUUCAACGUAACCAGUUCCCUCCUCACUAUGCCUCCAUCUCCGACGAUAACCUCCCCGCCGAGCUCUUCUCUCAGUACACUACUAUCGAGUUCGAGGACCCUCAGACGAUCUCUUCCUCCGCUCCGUCACCGAUGAUAUUCAUGUUCGUGGUGGACACGUGUAUGAUCGAGGAGGAGAUGGCUUUCCUCAAGUCGGCCCUGUCUCAGGCCAUCGAACUCCUCCAUGAGAACUCCCUGGUGGGUCUGAUCACAUUUGGUACUCUGGUCCACGUUCACGAGCUUGGCUUUGGUGAAAUCACCAAGACCUACGUUUUUAAGGGCUCCAAGGAUGUCUCCAAGGAGCAGCUUCUCGAGCAGAUGGGAUUCUUUCUUAAGAAACCCAAGCCCCCUACUGGUGUCAUUGCCGGCGCUAAGGAUGGUCUCUCUGCCGAUAGCAUUUCCCGCUUCCUCUUGCCUGCCUCCCAAUGCGAAUUUACGCUCAAUUCCGUGCUGGAGGAACUGCAGAAAGAUCCUUGGCCUGUUCCUCCCGAUCAGCGGGCUAGCAGGUGCACCAGCACUGCACUCAGUGUUGCUGCUUGUUUGUUAGGAGCUUGUGUUCCUGGUUCCGGUGCUAGAAUCUUGGCUUUCAUUGGUGGUCCAUCCACUGAAGGACUUGGUGCUAUUGUGUCAAAGAAUCUCUCUGAACCAAUUCGUUCUCACAAGGACCUCGAUAAGGACUCUGCUCCUUAUCAUCAUAAAGCUGUCAAGUUCUAUGAGGGACUUGCUAAGCAGCUUGUACAUCAAGGCCAUGUGCUCGAUCUUUUUGCUUGUGCACUUGACCAGGUGGGAGUUGCUGAGCUUAAAGUUGCCGUUGAAAAAACUGGUGGGCUUGUUGUGCUUGCAGAAAGCUUUGGCCAUUCAGUCUUUAAGGAUUCUCUUAGACGUAUUUUCCAGUCGGGUGACCAUGAUCUUGGACUAUCAUCAAAUGGUAUAUUUGAGGUAAACUGCUCAAAGGAUAUCAAAGUUCAAGGCAUUAUUGGUCCUUGUGCAUCACUUGAAAAGAAAGGUCCUUUGUGCUCAGACACAGUUGUAGGGCAGGGAAAUACAAGUGCAUGGAAGAUGUGUGGCCUGGACAAAGCUACAACUUUAUGUCUAAUAUUUGAAAUUGCAAAGAAGGACAGCCCAGAUGCUACUGCUCAACAACCCUCAAGCUAUCAAUUCUACUUCCAAUUUUUGACUUACUAUCAGCACAGUAGUGGUCAAAUGAGACUUCGUGUAACAACCCUCUCAAGAAGAUGGGUUGCUGGACCUGGAAGUGCUCAGGAUUUGAUUGCUGGAUUUGACCAAGAAGCAGCUGCUGUAGCUAUGGCACGCCUAGUGUCUUUCAAAAUGGAAAAUGAGGCUGAGUUUGAUCCCAUAAGAUGGCUAGACAAAGCUUUGAUACAUAUAUGUGCUCGAUUUGGAGACUAUCAGAAGGAUAGUCCAUCUUCUUUCAGCCUAUCUUCUCGGCUUUCAAUAUUUCCUCAAUUUAUGUUUCAUCUACGACGUUCUCAGUUUGUCCAGGUCUUCAACAACAGCCCAGACGAGACAGCAUACUUCAGAGUGAUAUUGAAUCGUGAAAAUGUUGCCAAUUCAGCUGUGAUGAUACAGCCUUCAUUGAUAUCUUAUUCGUUUCAUUCAGGACCAGAACCAGCACUUCUUGACGUGGCUGCCAUUGCAGCUGAUAGAAUUCUGCUUCUGGACUCUUAUUUCACUGUUGUCAUUUUUCAUGGGGCAACUAUUGCUCAAUGGCGGAAAGCUGGGUAUCAUAAUCAACCUGAACAUCAGGCAUUUGCCCAGCUACUGCAAGCUCCUCAUGAUGAUGCAGAUGAAAUAAUCAAGGAAAGGUUUCCAGUUCCUCGCUUAGUCAUUUGUGAUCAGCAUGGUUCACAGGCCCGUUUUCUUCUGGCAAAAUUGAACCCUUCUGCUACAUACAACUCUGAUUCUCUUCUUCCCGGUGGAGAUGUCUUGUUUACAGAUGAUGUGAGCUUUGAAGUUUUCUUGGAUCAUCUUCAAAGACUAGCAGUUCAGUGAGAUCAUCGUUACUAGCAAUUUUGUAAAAUUUAUCAUCUGAGAGUUCUGUACAGUUAUUUUAGAAUUUAUUAUAGGCUCGCUCGAUUUCUGAUUCAAGAUUCUUGCUACACCUUCGAUUUGCUAAAACAGCAAAUUCCUGUUCAGUUUGACGAAUAGACAAUGCAAAAUUAUGAUAAAUUUAUUUAGUUGAAGGUGAAAGUUCCGUUCUCAA